AUGUAUCGAUUGCAGGGCGUAUCCAAAGGUUUGAUUGUUCGAACUCAGCUACGACAUACUCGAUAUACUGUGCAGAUCAUGCCAGACUCCACAUUGCAGCCCAGACUACGCAAUCGAUUACUGGAUAUUGCUGCUCACCUGAAAAGUGGUAAUGUGACCGCGGAACAGAUUGAUCAAUUCGACAGGGGCAAUACAAUCCCGAUUCAAUCCCGUGGCAAUCCCACAGUUGAUUAUGGCACACACUCAAUCUCAUCCGUGGAUGCAGGUGGGCUGCUCGUGAAAACGGACAUUUUGGACGAGGACACGACUUCGCUUACUCAACAGGAUCGUUGGCGAGUGGCAGCAUCGGCGAGCACCACAUUUGCCAGUAUGCUCAAACUGAAUGUCGGUGGAGCCAUGACUUCGAACCAAUCGGUGGCUGAACGGUACAACCGGAAAAGUACACACAGUAGCAUCACCAGCUACGGCGGUCCCAUAUUUCGUGCGUAUCAGAUGAAUCUGUCCGAAUGGGAACAGGGUUUGGACGAUCAGCUGGUCGCAAUCGAUCGCAGUGGUCAUCCGAUAUACGAACUGAUCACGGGAAGAUCAAUGCCCGAGUUAUCGGAACAAUUGGUUCUACGUUUGAGCAAAACCAUCAAAUCAGCAGUGCAGAGAUAUUACAAAUCAAACGCGGUUAUUGGUUGUAUGAAUCCCGGAUCAGUCUUCUAUGAUCACGAAGCCAACGUGGACGCGGAAGUGUGCAGCAAGGAUGAUCCCAAUCAAAUCUACGAAUCCUCUCACCUCCCUCUGGGUGGUGUUUUUCAAACCUGUAAAGGUCCGACUCAACUGUGUGAUAUGGUUGCUGUCAAAAAUCCCGCUACCGGUGACUUCACUUGUCCCCGGGAUUAUUUAUCCGUUCAGCUUUUAUCGCCCCAAGUGCGUAGUUGUAUCAAUUCUUGCAAACCACCGUCCAAAUGGGGCGGACAACCGGAAUGUGAACAGCUGUGUGCAAUCACUGUGCAAUAUUGGUGCGCACUGGACCCCAGUUUGAACAUGACUGUUGACUUGCAAGAGGAUCUCGGUCUCGUAUUCGGCGGUAUUUACACAGAUAAGGAGGUCAAUCCGAUCACACAUCAGUUUAGUUGUCCCGAGUAUAGCUGGCCCCUAGUUAUGGGACGUCGUAUCCGCGUGUGUUUGUCCACCGAUCAUGAAAUGGCCAGUAAACAUGCGAUGCGUUUUGGCGGGUUCUAUAGUUGUCAGUACGGUAAUCCGCUGGUGUCUCUUCUAUCCAUGAAUCAAACUUUUACAACCAACGAACAGGCAGCUGUACGAAGUUGGAUGAAUUCCACAAUGCGGGCGAGUUCAGCAAUGGGAACUCGAGCUUCGCAAUCGUUGAGUGGUCGAGUGGCAGAUCGUGUGUUCGAGACCGAUAACCCACAGAUUGGUGAUUACUCUAGCCUGUUUGCAUCACUUUGGCCCAGAAGAUGUCCAGAUGGAUAUACUGCCCACUUGGCUGCUAUGGAAGAUACAUGUCAGAUUACCUUCUGUGUUCCGGCCAACACGAUCCAGGGGAAAAGGAAACGUUAUUUGAAACGACCUCCGUUUGUUUUACCAGUUUGGACGGUGGCUUUCUUCAAUAAAUCACAGGAUCAACCGAAAGGACGGCGUGCAAAUAUUCCGAAACGCGCUGCUGUGCAGCAGCAGAUUUGUCCAGUCUAA